AUGUAUUUUUCGAGAUGUUUAUUUUUAGGAGCCUCUUUGAUCGGCUCUAGCGUGUCAUUGAGCCUCGUCCCUUCAGAUGUCGCUUCUGUCAAAUCCGCUUUGAAGAUUGCGGCCGACAAUCUGAUGGGCUUUUACAAUUUCGCACCGGUCGGCGUUUUGCCCUCGCCGUAUUGGUGGUGGGAAUCGGCAGGCCUCUUCGGCGGCAUGAUCGAGUAUUGGCACUAUACGGGAGACAGUACCUACAAUCAGGCCGUCGCACAGGCGCUGCUAAGCCAACUGAGUCCGGGUAACGACUUCAUGAUGCCGUCGGCCGAAGGAAAUGACGAUCAGGGAUGGUGGGCACUUGCAGCCAUGGGCGCCGCGGAAUACGGGCUGCCUAACCCAGGAGGGCCCAGCUGGAUCAGCGUGGCCCAAAAUGUGUUCAACGAGUUUGCCAGCCGAUGGGACAUGACGCGGUGCAAUGGCGGUAUGAAGUGGAAGAUCCAGCCCGGAGCCGACGGCUAUCACUACAAAUCCACGAUCGCGAAUGGGCUGGCGUUUCAGCUUGCGGCUCGUCUUGCGCGCUUCACGGGGGAUCCGACAUAUCUUGACUGGGCCAUCAACGCGUACAAUUGGACGCAGAGCGUGGGGCUUAUAGACGAAAACUUCAACGUCUUCGACGGCACCGACGACGCAAAGUCUACGGGCUGCGUGGACGUCAACCACGAUCAGUGGUCGUACAACGUCGGCGCGUUCAUGUACGGUGCCGCCGUCCUCUUUGACGUGACCGGCGACCCCCUGUGGUCCGACCGGACGGCUGGUCUCGUAGGCAACGCCGUCGCGACCUUCUUUGACGGCAGGAUCAUGUAUGAGAAGAUGUGCGAGAGACAGGGGACGUGCAACGUGGACCAGCUGUCCUUCAAGGCGUAUCUUGCCCGAUGGAUGGCGGGCACAGCAAAUAUCAUCCCGUCCUUCCAGGCCGCGAUCCUGCCGUUUCUAGAAGCCUCUGCUGAAGGCGCAGCAAAAGCCUGUACUGGAGGUGGCAAUGGUCAAAUGUGUGGAAGUCGAUGGGACAUCGGCAAGUCUGACGGUUCAACAGGCGUUGGCCAACAGAUGGCUGCCUUGGACGUUAUGCGUGGAUCCUUGGUCAUCGGCGCCGCGAAACCGAUUGGUGCCCGAAGAAGAGUCAGGAGAGAAUUUAACGCAUGAAUUUAUCACCUUUAGAAAUGGAAUGAUUGUACUGCGUUGCCGAGGGAGGUGACAUGAAGUAUCGUGUUAGCCAAAGGUUUUGAUUUCGGCACAAGACAGGUGUACUAUAAUGAAUUAGAAUGAUACUC